CAACAUCAGACACACAGUUACCAGCAGUACGUUACAUGCAUGGCACACACUUUCAAAAAUUACGGUACACACACAGGCUAGCUUACGAGGUCUUGCUAGCUAACUGCGCUGCAUUUGUCUCUGCAAUAACAAUAUGCUCGGAUUGUCGAUCGGAACAUUACAACGUCCCGAAACAGCAUGAACAGAGUGCGAAGAUGACAAGAGAAAGACAUACCCCGAGACAUACUCUAGUUCUUGGACUGGCAUCUUGAUUCUCAACGAUAUUUUAGGACAAAUCGUGACUUGAAAAGAUUCAAAUUCUCCUGUCAAAGAAAUGAAAGAAGGCUGACUUAUAAGACAUGAACCUUGCAUGAGUGCCCUAAAGCUCGACUGGGAGAUAUUAAAAUUUAGACCUGGUAUCAGUCGGAUCAACCUGAAGGCUAAACAAAUGCUGUAAGCAGUCCUCUGAAUUUGCUGGCUCUUAGUGUUUGACAUUACACUGUAAUUCUUCGCUUGGAAGGCUCGGAAUAGGACAGACAUAAACGGAAAAGUGAGGAGAAACGAGGCUGAUCAGGAUGACCAGUGUUGGGUCAUCAUCAGUGGUCUGGGAAGCUCUGGGAUGUCUGGCAGGCAUUGACUGGAUCGCUCUCUUCUUUUGGUGUCUUAUCACUUUCUCCCUCUGCCUCGUAUCCAUUCUUCUGAUCAGUUUAUUCCUGCCUGUCACAAUAAAGGAGAAUGAAGGACUACAUGCAGAUGAUCUUGGGCAACCACCUCAGGGACUAGAAGUCUUCCAACAACUCUUCUCCCAAAAGAUUCUCCCAAUAGAUUCCAGCACAGGUUGGCAGCUACUUGGUGUCCAACAUGAUCUCCGGUGUUGGGAGAAACAGGUUAGACUUGGUGGGAGCUACUACAGUCUUCAUGGAUCAAGUGCUAUUGUUUCAUCCAGUGCAAUGGGUAUCAUGGAGACUCUGAAAGACAUCACCAAGACCACAGAAUGGGACAACGAAGUCAGUGAAAGCAACUACAUUUCCGUCCCGACCACCACCAAUGCCUCAGACCACCAUCCCCUGAUGGUUGACGUAGUCAGCUUGACCCUCGCCAAACGGAAAACACUCUCACCAAGUUUUAUCGACAAACUCGUUGCUUUUCUUGCCAUACCCUACAACGUGCUGUCCCAGGGGUCUGGGUAUAGCACUUACAGGAAUGCCCCUAAACCAGCUGUGGUUGCAAGAUCUUGGAAGAUGGAAGGAGACUCAUCAGGUUGGAUGUUCAGUCGGACAGUGUCUAAGGGCAAAGGUCACUCACUUGAUGAAUUAUGGAGUUACACACUAUUACAGUCAUCUGCAGAAGAUACCAAUAAGAGUCUUAUCCAUCACCUAGCCUGCACCAUGCUAUCAGAUAAGAACGCUUCACACUCUGAGAAACCUGCCUCAAGACUAUCUGCUCUCAAACAUUACUUUGAGCUGAAGCAUCUUAAAGUAGGCCCACUAUGCCAUUGCAGCCUUAAACAUCUCACCAGCCACACUUUGCAGUCCAAAGCCUGCAUCAAUGGCACCUCCAAUAAAUACUCUUUGAAGGAGUCACUUCCAGACAGUGUCAUGCCUAUAUACAACGCAUUGGACAGUCCGAGCAGGUCAGAUAGUCAAGUGAUGGAGAAACUGAGUUUGAGUUGGCCAAAUGAUACCAACAGGCCAAGAGCUUCCAGUCUUGAUGUGUGGCAGGAUAACUCUUCCAGUGAUGAUGCAGGGUUUUACAGCGAGAGGCAUUAUAGGAGUCGUAGGCAGAGAGCCAAGAAGACUAUGAGUGCCGAUGUAACGGCAGGGGGAGAAGGGAGGAAGAGGAAUUCCUUGGAGAGGAAGACAAGGUCAUUGGAAAGAACCACCAAUGAGAAGGAAUUGGGAGAUAUAGAAGACAGUGGGGUUGCAGAUAAUAUGGUUGAGUAUCAAACAUUAGCUGAUCAAGGAGCAGAAGUGGUAUUGGAGGAAAGUAUCAAAGCAGCAAGGAUUAAUGUUAACGGUUCUGAGGAUGAUCAGAUGCAGCAGACAGGUGGAUGGUCAUUCCAUUGUCUUGAGAAGGAUGUGGUAAUACUGAAGAAACCAAAGAAUGGAAAGUAUUACAGCUACCUUGGAAAGGGAGUGAUCAAAGCAUCUCCUGCUGCUGUCUUCAAAGCCAUUAGAAACCCAAGGACUAGAUUCACCUAUGAUACAAUGUUGAAGAAAAUGGACAUUGUAAAAACCUUCUCAGACAAUUUGUGUGUCUAUCACAUGGUCCAUGAAGUGCCUCAAAUCUUGAAAAAGGAAUCAAGAGAUUUCUGUGUGCUACAAGUCUGUAAAACAGUGGGUGAGCGUUAUAUUGUGGCUUGCCGAUCCAUUGAUUGUAGAGACUGUCCAGAGGAAGGGUCAUUGGUCAGAGGUCAGUUAUUACCUAGUGGAUGGGUCAUUGAACCAGUGGGAAACCAGUACUCAAUGGUCACCUACAUUACUCAUGUUGCCUUGUGUGGUAAAGAUGUCCCAGUGGCCUUCAAUCAGUUCCUAUCUGUUCGAGUGCCACUCAGCAUUGCUUACCUACGUCUCUUCCUGGAAGCACAGCUGCCUUGAUCACUCUUGUAAUGCCUGUAAUAUCAUGCCUUCAGACAGUUCAUCAUUAUGUUCAGAGAAACCAGCAUAGAAUGACAGGAAUGGGCUAUUGGAAUUCCUUAUACCUUUCGUAAAUGGUAACUGUAUAUAGUGAAAUUUUCAUGUGCAGGUAUUUUGCAGUUGGUGAUGAUUGAACAUUUUCAUGCUUCCACCCACCAAGUGUGAUUUGCUGAGGUGUUGUGUGUAUUUGGGUCGUUCCAUUUUUGUGGACAGAUCAACUUAAACUUGGCUCAUGUGUCCAUGGGGAUGGGUGUCAAGGUCAAAGUUGAAAGGUCUCAGAGGUAAUUUUGUACCUGAAUGUGACUUAUUUUUGGUGAGAACUAGAAAAGCAUGUGAUGGAUCAAAUUCAUAAGUUGGCUCAUGUAUGUGCAUUGCAGUGGUAAUAUUCUGAUAUGAUGUGAGGUUCAAUCAGUGAUCGCAGUGUUGACGAUGGACGAGACAUACAUUCUGACUAUGUAAAGUCUAGAAUUUCUUUGAGGUUGAGUUGUUGGAUUUUUUUAGUAAUAUAUUAUACGGCUGACUUUUGAUGAGUGUGUUUACAUCAAAGUGUUUUAACAGUCUUUACAAUUACCCAUGAUGAAUUUUAGUACUGUCGUGUAAAUAUUUCAUCAGACAAAAUGGCUGAACACUCUUCAAUCGAAAUGGAGAGUAGUUUUUCUUAAAGCAUAAACAUCUUGAGAUUGAACUUAAUUGACAGAAACUGUAUUUAUUGAAAGCACUUAAUGAAAUCUAAAUUAUGAUAUAAAAAAUGAAACCUCUCUUGAUGCACAUCUCUUGUAAUCGAUUUCAUAUUUCCUGAAUACAGGGUCUUUGAAUAAUACAGGAUAUCCUCAAUUCUCUAGUUAAGUUUCCCUUUGGGUUUUGGUAUCAAGAAUUUUGAGAAAUAGAUUAUGAGAAAAGUUCAUUCUAGAGAGGACAGUAAAGAAAUGAAACAGAAAAAGGGCGGAAGAAGACAGAAGAGCAUUAUCUUUCCUGCUUAACAUGGUUUGACUGUAUUAACAACACUCAAAACUUGGUAAUGUCUUGUCUUAGUCUUCUUCCUUCCCUGGGGUAAGGGAUGUGGCCAGAAAUUAUUUGUAGCCAAUUGAAAUGACAACUACACAUUUAUCACUGGUAACUUAAUUUUUGUUUUACGAUAUUAACAAGUUAUUACCUAUUCACUUGCAAAUUUACAGUCAUAGGCAAGAAUUACAAUUGAUUUUAGAACUUCCUUUAGUUUCACAUUUUAUUGUAUGUUGCUUACAAUAUUCUCUCAUUCAGUGAUGAAUGAUUCUCUUCCACUU